AGAUUGAGUUCUGUGUGUUUGUGUGAGUAUUUGGAAGAUGAGUACCUCUGCCGUUCAACGUGUUUCCGAGUGCUUCAUCAAGCCGCAGAAGCCCACCAAAGAUUCAGAUGAAACAUGCUACUUAACACCCUGGGAUCUUGCCAUGUUGUCUAUGCAAUAUAUCCAGAGGGGGUUGCUGUUCAAGAAAACCGCAUCAGUUGAUGAUAACCAAGAUUUUAUUAUCCAAAAUCUGUUGGAUAAACUCAAACACUCACUUUCUCAGACCCUCUUCCAUUUCUAUCCUUUGGUUGGACACCUUGUCACCCGAAAAACCCAAGACCCUCCCUCUUAUUCCAUCUUCAUUGAUUGUACCAACAGCGAUGGAGCCAAAUUCAUCUAUGCAACUUUAGAUAUGACCAUAUCUGAUAUCCUCUCCCCCGUUGAUGUUCCACCCAUUGUCCAAUCAUUAUUUGAUCACCAAAAAGCACUUAACCAUGAUGGUCACACCAUUCCCUUGUUGUCCGUCCAAGUCACUGAACUCGUGGACGGUGUUUUCAUAGGUUGUUCCAUGAACCAUGCUGUUGCCGAUGGCCCUUCCUUUUGGAAUUUCAUGAAUACUUGGUCUGAGAUCUUUAAAGCUCAAGCUCAAGGGCAUGAAUAUGACAUUCCAAUUUCACACCAACCCGUUCUCAAACGCUGGUUUCCAGAGGGUUGUGAUCCAUUAAUCAAUCUUCCCUUCAAACAUCACCAAGAGUUUAUUAGAAGAGAAGAACCACUCUUGGUGAGAGAGAGAAUAUUCCACUUUUCAGCAGAGUCAAUUGCGAAACUGAAAGCAAAGGCGAACGCAGAGUCCAAUACCAGCACAAUCUCUUCAUUCCAGUCAUUAUCAGCACUUAUUUGGAGAUCCAUAACUCGUGCGCGCCGAAUACCGCAUGACAAGACAACAUCUUUCAACUUGGCUAUAACCAAUCGAACAAGAAUGGAACCACCACUGUCUCCGGAAUACUUUGGAAACGCAUUUCAUGGGGUGGGUGUAGGAGCGACAGCAGGGGAAUUGCUUGAGAAUAAUCUGGGUUGGGCAGCAUGGAAAUUGCACUUGGCUGUUGCAAACUAUAACAACACAGUUGUGCAGCAACACCUCAAACAGUGGUUGCAGCGUCCUAUGAUAUAUCAACUUAGUUGGUCAGUUUACACCUCUAGUGUGACCAUGGGUGGCUCGACCAGGUUCAAUGCGUAUGAAAUUGAAUUUGGAAUUGGGAAAGUGGUGGCCGUUAGAAAUGGGCAUGCCAUCAAAUUUGAUGGGCAUGUGUUAGCAUACCCAGGUCGUGAAGGAGGGGGAAGCGUAGAUUUCGAAGUGUCCCUUUUCCCAGAAAACAUGAGUGCCCUGGAAUCAGACGAGGAGUUCAUGAAUGCAGUUUCAGCGUCCAAUCCCUUGCCCUAA